UUACAUAAAAUAAAUGUAAUUUUUAAGAAUUUUUCAUGUUUUAUUUCAUAUUACUAACAACAAUGUAGAAAUCACCUGUGUCAAUAACUUGUGAAUUUUCCCUUCUAUUGUUUCCCUGGCAACAGUUGUUGCCUGAUAUCAAAACAAUGCACGUGACAGAUGUUUGAUGUAGCCAGGAAUAAAGCAAGGAAUAAUAUUAAGCAACUUAAAAUUUUUCAAUAACGCGCUAUGUCUACAUUUAUAGAAAAUGUGUAUAUAAAAGAUGGAGAGUACACGAAAACAAUCUAUUCUAUGAUAAGAGAACAACGAUACAUCGAAACUAUAAAAGUUUUACUAAAUCUCUUAGAUUCUCAUCCUAAUUCUAGACCUUGCUUAUCGCUUCUGGCUCAUUGUUACUUUUACACUCAAGAUUUCAUGGCUGUAGCACAAUGUUACGAGAAGCUGGUCCAACUGUGCCCAGAGGAAAAUCUAUAUAAACUCUACUAUGCUCAGUCGCUGCAUCAAGCUUGUAUGUAUCCGGAAGCGUGGACGGUUUGCUCGAGCAUCAUGAAUCAGAGUAACUUGGAGUUCAAGGUAAAGAAGCUACAGGCAGCUAUAAAGUACGGACAGGAAGAUAUGGUCAUCGCUAAGAAUCUCGUGGAUCAAUGUCCCGCCGAUGAUGUCGACACGGAAAUCAACCUGGGUUGCCUCUUGUACAAGGAGGAGCAAUAUGAACAGGCUCUCAAGAAGUUUGCGAAUGCAUUACAAAUCGCGGGAUUCAGACCUCAUCUGUCAUACAAUGUCGCCCUUUGUUACUAUAAAUUGAAAGAGUACGCUGCAUCGCUGAAACAUAUUGCUAGUAUUAUUGAGCACGGUAUAAGAGAGCAUCCUGAGUUAAGUGUGGGGAUGACUACUGAGGGUAUUGAAGUUCAAAGCGUUGGAAAUACGUUGACACUGCACGAGACAGCUUUGACAGAGGCGUUCAACUUGAAAGCUGCCAUAGAAUAUCAAUUGCAAAAUUAUGAUGCGGCGAAAGAGGCGUUAACAGACAUGCCACCGCGUUCCGAAGAAGAAUUGGACGCUGUUACUUUGCACAAUCAGGCCUUGAUAAACAUGGAUGUAAAACCAAACGAAGGAUUCGAGAAGCUACAGUUUUUACUGCAGCAAAAUCCAUUCCCACCUGAGACUUUUGCCAAUUUGUUACUUCUGUAUUGUAAAUAUCAAUAUUAUGACUUAGCUGCAGAUGUUCUAGCCGAAAAUGUGCACCUAACUUACAAAUAUCUGACACCAUAUUUAUACGAUUUUUUGGACGCGCUGAUAACGCAGCAGACUUCGCCGGAGGAAGCGUAUCGCAAAUUCGACGAUCUUGCUAAUAAGCAUACAGAAGCAUUGCGUAAAGCAACCAAGCAGGUGCAGGAAGCGAGAUUGAAUCACGACGACAAUGCCGUCAAAAAGGCCGUAAACGAUUACGAGGAGGCUCUUGAUCGAUACGUCCCUGUAUUGAUGGCGCAAGCGAAAAUUUAUUGGGAUCUCGAAAAUUACACCCAAGUAGAAAAGAUUUUUAAGAAGAGCGUCGAGUUCUGCAACGAGCAUGACGUGUGGAAGUUAAACGUUGCGCACACUCUUUUUAUGCAGGAAAAUAAAUUCAAGGAGGCGACGCGUUUUUAUGAGCCAAUCGUCAAAAAGAAAUAUGAUAACAUUUUAGAUGUUAGUGCUAUAGUUCUUGCGAACUUGUGCGUCAGCUAUAUUAUGACUUCGCAAAAUGCAGAAGCUGAGGAGCUAAUGAAAAAAAUCGAGAAAGAGGAAGAGGCGGUAUCGUUCGAGGAUCAAGACAAGAAACUUUUUCACUUGUGCAUUGUAAAUCUGGUAAUUGGAACAUUAUAUUGUUCCAAGGGUAAUUAUGAAUUCGGCAUAUCGCGAGUGAUGAAAAGCCUCGAGCCGUACAACAAGAAACUUGGCACCGAUACUUGGUUUUAUGCAAAGAGAUGUUUCUUAUCGCUCUUGGAACAACUGGCAAAACAACUGGUGGUCCUGAAAGAUUCCACGCUGCAGGAAUGCAUCCAGUUCUUGGAACAUUGCGAAGUUUAUGGCAAGGACAUAAUGACAGUGAUAGAUCAACCGUUUGACAUACAGGAUAUGCUUAAUGUUUCUCCUCAGGGCAAACGAACAGUUAUUUACGAGGCGCGAUAUCUCAAAGCGUUAUUUUUAAAGCUACAAAUGUCUUAGAUAUGCGUAAUUUUAUUUCUAAAUAUAGGAACAAAAAAAGUA